CAUCCCAAUUCUACCGGGCCACAUACCUCCAUCAUGGCCGCACUACUUUCUCUUUCUGCAUUGGCAUUGCUCGGAGCAGGUGUCUCUGCUCAGACCUUCACAGGCACUGCUCAAGGUGGCUUCCCUGACUGUACCAAUGGCCCUCUUUCAAACAACACCGUCUGUGAUAAGUCCGCAGACCCAAUUGCAAGAGCCAAGGCUUUGGUCGCUGCGUUCACCGUCGCCGAGAAGCUCAACCUUACUGGAAACAACAGUCCUGGUGUUCCCCGACUUGGUCUACCUGUUUACCAAUGGUGGCAGGAGGCUCUUCACGGUGUUGCUUCAUCUCCUGGAGUCACAUUCAACGCCAGUGGACAGUUCGACUCUGCCACUUCUUUCCCCCAGCCCAUCUUGAUGGGUGCCGCGUUUGAUGACGACCUUAUUCAAUCUGUGGCUGAGGUUGUCAGUACUGAGGCUAGAGCUUUCAACAACUACGGUCGUGCUGGUCUCGACUUCUGGACACCGAACAUAGAUCCCAGAUGGGGCAGAGGCCAGGAGACUCCCGGCGAGGACCCUUACCAUCUCUCUUCUUACGUCCACGCCCUCAUUAUGGGUCUUCAGGGCGGCGAGGACCCCGAAAUCAGAAAGAUCACUGCUACUUGCAAGCAUUUCGCUGGCUACGACAUUGAGUCGUGGAACGGCAACCUUCGCUACCAAAACGACGUCCAGAUCCCCCAGCGUGAUCUAGUCGAGUACUAUCUGCCCUCUUUCCGUUCUUGCGCCAGAGACUCCAAUGUUGGAGCUUUCAUGUGCACAUACAGCGCCUUGAAUGGCGUUCCCACCUGUGCCGACCCUUGGCUUUUGAAUGACGUCCUCCGUGAGCACUGGAAUUGGACUAACGAGGAGCAGUGGGUCACCAGUGAUUGUGAUUCUAUCCAGAACAUCUUCCUGCCCCACAACUUCAGCGACACCCGCCAAGGAGCUGCUGCUGCCGCUCUCAAUGCUGGUACUGACCUCGACUGCGGUACCUAUUACCAGCACCACCUUCCUCAAGCCUACAGCGACGGCUUGAUCAACCAGACUACUGUUGACCAGGCUUUGGUUCGUCUCUACACUUCGCUCGUUCGCACUGGAUACUUCGAUGGUCCCAACGCCAUGUACAGAAACCUGACCUGGUCCGAUGUCGGAACUACCUACGCUCAGCAGCUCGCCCUCAAGGCCGCUGAGGAGGGUAUGGUCCUCCUUAAGAACGACGGUCUGCUUCCCUUGACUAUCACCAACGGCACUAAGAUCGCCGUCAUUGGAAGCUGGGCCAACGCUACCCAACAGAUGCAGGGCAACUACUACGGUGUCCCCACCUACCUCCACAGCCCCCUUUACGCUGCUCAACAAACUGGUGCCCAAGUCUUCUAUGCCGGAGGACCUGGUGGCCAAGGAGACCCUACUACCGACCACUGGCUUCCUGUUUGGACUGCUGCUGAGAAGGCUGAUAUCAUCCUCUACGUUGGUGGUGUUGAUAUUAGUGUUGAGGCUGAGGGUAUGGAUCGUGAGACCAUCAACUGGACUGGUGCUCAGGUCGAUAUCAUCGGCGAGCUCGCCAUGUACGGCAAGCCUAUGGUUCUUGCCCAGAUGGGUAAUCAGCUCGACAACACUCCUUUCGUCAACAACCCCAACAUCUCUGCUCUGAUCUGGGGUGGUUACCCCGGUCAGGAUGGUGGUGUUGCUCUUCUCAACAUCAUCACCGGAAAGGUCGCACCUGCUGGUCGUCUUCCCGUUACCCAGUACCCUGCCCACUACGUCGCCGACAUCCCCAUGACCGAUAUGACUCUGCGUCCCAACGAGACCACUGGCUCGCCCGGCAGAACCUACAAGUGGUACAACGGCACCGCCGUCUACGAGUUCGGUUACGGCAUGCACUACACCAAGUUCUCUGCCGACGUCUCUCCCAUGGCCAAGUCUUCUUAUGACAUUUCUUCCCUGCUUUCCGGUUGCACCGAGACCUACAAGGACCGCUGCGCCUUUGAGAGCAUCGCUGUUAACGUCCACAACACUGGCAACGUUACCUCAGAUUAUGCCGCCCUCGGAUUCAUCGCUGGUCAAUUCGGACCUUCUCCUUAUCCCAAGAAGUCGCUUGUCAACUACCAGCGCCUCCACAGCAUUGCUGGCGGUGCCUCCCAGACCGCCACACUGAACCUGACUCUUGGUUCGCUCGCUCGCAUUGAUGACCACGGCAACACCUAUCUCUACCCUGGUGACUAUGCUCUGAUGAUCGACACCAUGCCAGAGCUUACCAUGGUCAACUUCACCUUGACUGGCAACCCUGCUUGCCUCGACGAGUGGCCGCAGCCCCCAGCUGGUGGACCUACCAUCCCUCCUUCCGACUACUUCUACGGUGGCUACGGAAGCAGGGGCGAGUUCCCCGUUCUCGCUGCAUCCGAGGAGCUUGCUUAUGGAGCUUGA